AUGGCUUUCCAUCAACCUACGAGGCGGCCGUCUCAGCUGCGUGCCGCCCGUCCUUUGCAGGAAGAGGAGCGGGAUGUUCCCCAGCUCCACGUCGAAGACCCAGCUGCUACCGACCCCUCCCACUCGUGGGUGCUCUUCGAGCCUGCUGAUGACACGACAACAACGUCGUACCUCAGCGAACAAGACGAGUCUCUCACUACGCCGGGCCGAUCGAGGCUUAGUGACAUAGGCAGUCUAAACACAUUCGUACAUUCAGCCCGCGACACCGAGUCCCGGCAUUCCGGCGUGCAUUCGAGUGCCGUUGAGGAAGAGUUGGGCGAAGACGAUGCUGAGCUCGACAGUCUUGACAGCCAUCUACCCGAAUUUCGGACGGUCCCGAGCCUCUAUACCCAUUCUGCGGGUGCCGCUGCCGCCCAGAGUGCUCCCGUGCUUCCUGCCCACGAUGGCUUGGGGUCUUUCAGGCUAGAUGGUCCUGAGGUCCAGGAGCAGAUAUACGCCUUUGAGAGAUUCAACCCCAAGCGCGUGCGAACGCGCCGCGAGAGUUUAGAUCUAGCCCGGCUUGAGAUGGAAGUCGAAGAAGAGCAAGAGACACACAAGCUACAGAGGAUCGAGGCCUGGCGUCUAGAACAGAGUCGAAUUCUUUUGGAAGAGAUCAGGAGAGAGACGAGACGUCGACAACAGUCCAUGGUCUCUAUCAGGCCAACUGUGGCGGCGGAAGACAGAAAUGCCGAGGACGUUGCAAGCCUAAGUGCAAUGGGGAACGAAGAUGAUGCUGACAGUAUGGACUGGCAUUAUGAGCAGGCUGACGCCACCAAGGAUAACGAGCGGGGUCUGCUCGCCAGUAUCACCCGCAAGGUCCUCAACGACCUAGGCAUCGACGAGAGACUACUCUCCAUUCUGCUGGGAGAGCAAUUUUUGUUUGACGAUGACCUGUCAACAACUCCCAAGACGGGCGCGGACCUAUCCAGCACACCAAUUCAGGAGACCAAUGACUCAUCUUGGCAAGUGCGGGCGUUGGAUCACGUAGCAAAAGAGCUUGGCUUAAUGGUCAACCAGCUGUCGCAUCACCAUGCUGGCGCCUUUUCGACAUACACUCGCAUGCAACAGAUGCCUAUUCCCUACGCCGGCUUGCCAGCCAUCCCAGAGUCAGGUGCUGAUACGCCAAUGGCUCCCAAGGUACAGGAAGUGUCCACGAAGAUGCCCGAGUUCCAGCCAACAAUGGUUCAACACGCGCGCCCCAUCAACAUCCCCACCGGCCGGCCCCAGUGCGAUCCUCCCGCACUUCUAAGUAGGGAUGAGUCAACCCCAAUGCCCACAUCUUUUACGCAAGAGGAGUGGGAGCAAGACCUGGACGUUAACCUCGUCUUCCGGUAUUUGCGAUCGCGUUUUAGUUCGCGGUCGACUCCGUCCGCUGCCUUCACAACCGGUACCUCCCACCUUGCCACCUCAAGCACACCAGAUACAGCAGCUAAAGCCGCGCGGGUGCGCCAGCAUCACCCGCUCGUCUCCCGAGCCCGACCGGUAGAGCGCAGGACAUUCAAGGCGACGACGCCGUCUAGCCCCGCUGCUAUGCGGCAUGCGUCUAGCUGUGCUAGUCACAGCACACGGCGGUCCGCGAGACGCAGCAGCGUUUCGUCGCGCCACUACUGGGACAUUGGGGGGUCCAUCGGAACGGGAUCAGUCAUCGCCUCGGUUGGUCCUAUGGGAAGCUGGGGCGAGGUCUGA